AUGUCGGCAUUGAGGUUGGCAAAUUUACCGGCCCUGCGGAAGCAGCAGCUGCUUUCCGAAUUCACCGGCUUAAAGCAAGCAUGUCCCUCCGUCUUAUUCAUUCGUGAUGGACCCUAUGCUCCCGCCAUUCUACGAUUUCAAAUCCUGUUCCCCGAAUCCUACCCCCGGCGCGCUCCUAUGAUCAUCUUUGCGACCGACAUCUUUCAUCCCCUUAUUACGCCUCUUACGACGUACAUGUACACUACCGACAUACAGGACAACGGAACCGUCAGCGCGACCGACGACGAGCGGCUGCCGCCAGGGGGCUUCAGCCUGCGCCAUGGGUUCCCGGAGUGGUUUGGCAGGGUGCGCCGCAGUGCCGAGGCCAGCCUCUCUGCGCCAACAAGUCCCGUCGUCGAACAGACCCCCGUGUUUGCGAGCCCAGACCCCGGCGCUUCGAGUGCCGCGGGGCCCUCGUACAUGCAGACCAGCCGGCCUGUAGUGGCGUCCAUGUACCAGGUUCUCAAGUAUAUCAAAAACGCCUUUGACAAGCCAGAGGUGCUGGACGCGGUGCCCCUGGACGCGGCCGGAAACCCCGGUGCGUGGCACGCAUGGAGGACGCACCGGCGGAAGCAGCAGGCGAAGCAGGCCGAGGGCGAGAAGCAGGGAAGCGACGGCGCCCCGGCGACACCGAGUCCCAAAAAGCCGGCGGGAGAGAAGAAGGCUGCCGGCCAAGCUGUCACACGGAAGCCUGGUGAGUGGAACUGGGAUGGCGUGUGGGAGGACAGAGUGAAGAAGGGUGUGGCAACGAGUCUGUCAGAGCAUAUUCGAUUUAUCGCCAUGGAUGAAACGGAGGCAGAAUCCAUCAAAGAUAACCUGCUGCGCACGCUAGGCACCUCGCAUUGGAAGGACGAGGCUGCCAUUCACGGAAUUCGUAGUAGCAUUACAAACCAUUUUAUCUUAUUCCCACAACUUUGCUAUUCUUUACACUUCUUGGGUCGUUAUUUUCUAUCUAUCUAUAUUCCGAGCAUCAUGCCUCUCGACCUCUCGCCAUACGUUACUUCCACUCCGCCUGGUCAGGAUGCUUGGUCCAGCCGUCGUCCGGAAAAUGACCGACCGAGCCCCUUGCGCAUCUCGAAGCCGCCAAGCUCGACGGACCGCACGACAGACAGGCUUCAUCAGCAGCAUCCCGUCUACCCUGCUCGUGAGACUACACAUCCGCUACAGAAACAAAGCGCCAACCGUCUCAAUAUCGCAAAGCGCCGAAGUCUGUGGGCCCUAUCAUCACGUCUUGUUGAAGAUGAAGAGCUGCGCGCUGUUCCUCCACGCCCAUGUUCGGUCGGUCCAAACGUGGCAUUUGAUGUACCUUUUCCUGUUGGCUCCGGCGACAAAAGCGAGAUAAUGAGCCCGCGUACGGCCGAAGAGGCAGAAGACAUGUUGAGAGAGGCGAGCCGUACGUACUCUGGCGCUUCAGACAACUCCAACUCUUGGAAUUCUUUCGUUUCUGGCGGCUGCAGUCUACAUCAAUCGCUAGGAACGCGAUCCAGCUCGAGCGUCAUUCGACAUGUUUCUUCGUCAACAGACAGUCCCAACUGCACGAUAAACAUGGACAGCAUCUUACCUCACGUCCUGUCUCCCCACAUUUCGAUCCAUACAAACGGCCAUAGUCGCUACUUUGGACAAGACCAUGUAUGGGCAACUAUUGAAGUGUCCGGUAUUCUAUCGCAUGCGUAUUCGGCAGACGGGACUGGGGCCAAGCCAGCUCAGCCCAAGGCGGAUGAACACCACUUGGAUCUAUUUUUCAAGCAUGGGUGCCUGCAUGAUCUAAAAGUCGAGAUUCUACCAGUGGAAGGGACCAUAGUAUUACAAGUCUUUCACGAGCAGUCAUUUCCGACAAUCUUGUAUGCGGGGUCAAAGGUCCUUCUUCUGGCCCAGAUCUGUAUUGAUUCCAAGUCGAUUGCGAGACAAACCAAAGCACCCAAGAGACAGAACUCGGAGGAACUGAUGGCGGAUCUCGAAAGUCAGCUCGGAGAUUCCCAGAUGCCAUAUAUGAAAGUGAGAAUUACAUACAGCCAUUCCGCGUUUUCAGACUACUUUGGUCACGAGAUACUGGUUGGCGUGGCUCAACGAUGUACGAGACUAGAAACGACUGCGAUUGGUGCUCUGAAGCGGCACAAUGUUCGGUCCGCAUGGUCGCCGCCACCGAUAUACACGCUCGAAAGUAUUCAAUCUGUAAUGCAAAGACACUGGAAAGCAGAUGUAGUUGCAGAAUGGUUGGAGAGGAUAAAGCUGUCCGAAAGAAACAUCUUCACAAGACGCAACGCCCAAAGUGCCAAUUCGCCGACCCGGCAUUUCCAUGGAGGAUAUGUGCCAGAGAAUGACGGCGAGCAAUUUGUCAGUGCCGCGGGAUGA